AUGGGUGCUGGGCAAUCAGCUGAUGAUUUUGCUGCAACAGAAAACAGUAAAUGGUACCAGAAAUUUAUGAACCAUUGCCCCUCUGGGCAACUUACUCUCCAUGAGUUUAAGACAGUACUGGGUUUAUCUGCUAUGAACCCUCAGGCAAACAAGUAUGUUGAGCAGGUGUUUCACAUCUUUGACAAGAAUCAGGAUGGAUUCAUAGACUUCUUGGAGUUCAUAGCUGCAAUAAAUUUGGUUAUACGAGGGAAAAUUGACCAAAAAUUGAAAUGGUAUUUUAAGCUAUAUGAUGCUGAUGGAAACGGAUGUAUUGACAAAAAAGAACUACUAAGCAUAUUCACGGCUAUCCAGGCUAUUAAUGGCCACACCAACAUGUCUGCUGAAGAGUUCACAAACAUGAUAUUUCAGAAGAUAGAUGUGAACAACGAUGGGGAAUUGACUUUAGAAGAAUUUAUCAAUGGUGUGGAAAGAGACAAGGACCUAAUGGAAUUGAUUACAAAAAGUUUUGACCUUUCCAACGUACUCAAAGUCAUACAGAGCGGCAGGAGACACAGCAUCUGA